AGAGAUAGAGUGAGAGAGAGAGAGAGAGAGAGAGAGAGAGAGAGAGAGAGACUUUCAGGCGUGCCAGGAAGAGAGCGACGUUUUGUAAAGGACCAACUGAGUGAUGAUGUUGCAUUUUUUAAAUGUAAAUUAUACAAGAGUAUAUACGGGAAACUGAUCCGGUCGAAGUGGCCAGAAGAGCAAGAAACGUCUGAACCCGAAUCGUUAAAACAAAAUAAUGAAGAAGCUGCAAGGGACACUACCCCUAACCAGUACGGGCAACAGCAAGUAAAACUGCG